AUGGCAUCAUCAUCUUCUUACCAACUCAUCUUCAUUACUCUUGCUAUAAUUAUUAUAGCAAUUUUGGUUCCUUCAAUUUCAGCAGUUGAAUAUGUGGUUGGAGAUGAGACUGGUUGGACUACCAACUUUGAUUAUCAAGCUUGGGCUCUGGGGAAGGAGUUCCAUGUUGGUGACAAACUAGUAUUCAAGUACCCAGAAGGAGAUCACAAUGUGUUCAAAGUUGACGGUGCUGGUUUCAAGCAAUGUGCGCCACCAGCUAAUACGGCAGCCCUAACUAGCGGAAACGAUGUGAUUACAUUGACAACUCCCGGAAGAAAAUGGUACAUUUGCGGCGUUUCUCAGCACUGCCAAGUAGGAAAUCAAAAGCUUCUUAUUACUGUCCUUGGUGAUGAUCAGGUGGCAUCUCCAACUCCAACUCCAACUCCAACCUCUUCACCCUCUCCUACCCAAGAAGAUCAACCAUCCACAGCAAAUCUCAACUCUUUUUCAAGACUACUUGGCUUUGUGACUACUUUCCUCCUCAUAACUGGCCUUCUUGGAGUGUUCUUCGCUUGA